UUAAAGGUUUCACGAUGGAUCCGCGAACGUUCCUUUUCGUUGUGAUUUUCGCCAGUUGCGACGUAUUCAUCAAUUUCGUUACCAGCAACCCGAUCGCAAUACACGAAGGAACUGCAUCCGACAUAAUAAAAUUUCUCGUGGAUUGCAUACAUUCGGAUAACGAAACAUACACGGCGUGCUUUAAAAGAGAGAAGCGGCUUUUACAUUCUCAAAAUAUAGAUCAUAGGUGCAUGAAGCCGUGUUUAGAGGACUGUAGUAGGAGGAUCAGUCAAGUGCCUCAAGCCUGUGAAGAUGAUUGUAACCAUUGCAUAAAAAAAGUAAAGCAUCGUCAAAUUGGUAUCACCGAUGCCGAAAUGCAUAUACUAUGCAGUCACGAAAAUUGCACUAACAAUAGGGUUAAACGCGAGGAUGCUAAACACAUAAACAUCGAUGUUACUUCUACUGUCCACGUUGACAAUCAUGUCGGAACCAGUCCUCAUCAACCGCAAUGUCCAUGUUAUUAUCACACUUGGACGCCAUGCUACUGUCGCCCUACAUAUACAUACAAUAUAUGCCGAUAUUAUACUUAUUGGCCCUGCUAUUGAGUAAGUUUAAGUACGUUACCAUAAUUUUUCCUACAUGUUAAAUGCCUCAUCACGAGAUGAAAAACUUAAUUUUUCAAAAACCCCUAAUUUUCAUCAUUGUUUGUUUUCCGAAAACAAAUAUAUAACCUUCUUAUAUGACAUAAUCUUGGCAUAAAUUUCCUCGCAAAGUACACUAUCAAGUGUUUUACAUGUAUUUCAUCGAAGCAGACUUGGUUGACUUGGACUAUGGAACUAGCUUACUACAAAUUAGUUUAUGCAUAAAAAUUUCCUUAGACUGACUAUUUCGAAAUUCAGUUUUGAGAAGCUGAUUCAGAUUAUGAAAAAUGAGUGUACGAUCAUUUUCUAGUGAUCUAUAAAGGCACUUAAAUUAUUGUUUGAGCGGUACAGAUUUAUACAUAUAUUCGUGCAUAUUCCACACAAAUCAUUCUAUUAUCAUCUACGAAUUUGUAGCCUGUGCCCUGAAAUGAUUUAUUAAAUAUUAAGGAGCAUUAAAUAUCA